CCUCAAAAAGGACUAGAGAAAUGUUGAGAUACUUCAAGACGACGUGUCUUAAUUUUCGGCCAACGAAUUCCCGCGGGAAGCCCAGGGCACGUGGGCCGACGUCAUAGGCUCAGUCGCGGGCUCUCCAGGGAAAAAAGAACAACAUCUGGCCAAACAUGCACACCUGUCCUACCUUAGCAGCGAAGGGGCCGUUGUCUAGCCCUCUAAUGAUGCUUGCCUUACCGUGUUCACCAUUCUUCUUAUAGUUUAUCUUUCCUAGCCCGCACGCUAAGCUAUUCUGAAGCUAUCAUUUCCCCCGAUCCUCCCUUGCUGACGCGAGUUCCAGACAACGUUAGAGAACGCUAAUCACUGCUCGUUUGAAAUAUGCUAGUCUUGUGCUAGUAUAUUUUAUUUCCGUGCUCUGUUCUUUCGCGAAAGAGCUCAUAAUACCCAGCAUAUGUGGGGUUUCUCACGAUGACAGGCCCUAUCCAUACUUACGGCCCAACAUGUUUACUGGCACACGACGAUCCUGAUCCAUCUUCCUGGCAUUCUCUAGACAAACCACCCAAAGUUCGCCCUCAGUUCUUCUACGUUUCCUCAUUACCGAUCGAUGAUCCGUUAACAGCUUUACCUCCCUCCGGCAAUCAAGGGCCGGGUAACGAAAGGGCCCCCCCUCAGCCCUUUUCCGUCAAGGAUAACAUUGCACUAGAAGAGUCCUGGAUAUCUGUGCUACGAACCACAAAGCAGGAAUUAGCGGCGAAGAAACAUUCGCGGGAGGGUUCUUCGUCUAAUCGAAACUCUGGAAUCGCAGUACCUGGGAGGGAGUUCCUUCUUGACACGGAUCGCAAAAGGAAUUCGGGGAGCCAUGGCGAUAAAAGUUGGGCUGGGAGCCACAAAAGUCAUCCAAGUGCUCUAGGCAGCGUCUUGGACGAUGAACCGUGUCGCAGCCCAGAGGCGAGCAUCAAACAUUCCGCGGAAAAACCUCGUGGCCGCUAUAGUCUAGAUCGCGGCAUAGGUGAAAGCGAUAGGUCUGGCAUUCUUACCUAUCGCAAAAGAGAGUCAUCCCCCAACAGCAACUCUAAGGCAGCUAGACGCAGGAUUACCGACUCCUCGCAUAGUGAAGGUCCAGUUUCUGAUAGUGUAGAAAGCACAAGUUGGCGUGGGUUCCCCUCGCGCGAUAGCACUAUCAGUGGCUCGCCUUUUGCAAGGGCCCCUCUAGGCCCCUCUGAAAGCAUGCUGGGACGCUCAAUCGAGUCUGCCUCUUCAAAGGAUGGAGAUCAAGGCAAUCGAACUGAACACCAAACCAACUUGCCCAGUCAUAUUACACAGAAACCGUCAGGGCUGCGAACGAGCUUACCUCAAGAAAAAGCUUCCGAAGACCCUUUAGAUGGCUCUGUCAUUUCAAUUGAGGACCAGAAGGCUCAGCUAAAAAUCCCUGUUGGUGCAUCCCGGCUUCACCUGGUCGAAUUGCCAAACCUGAAGAUGAAACCUAUAUACUGGAGUCCUCUGCAUGAUAUUUCAAGUGUUAUUCGCGCAACAUGGUUCUACAAGAAUACGAUGCUACCCGUGGAAACAGACCUUGCCAAUAAACUCGAGGAUGGCUACGUAUAUCUUAAACCAUGGACUGAGACAUGGCAAGAUGAGCUCAAUAGCUGUGUUGAAAAUGGGGCUGAUGCCGAAAUGAAGAUUGUGCACAAACUGUGGGCGAAAGAUGAUCCGAAGCGUCUCAGCUCGGCUACAGUGACGCGUGAUCUAGAAUCAUCCAGCACUGUUCCCAGCGGAAUGGAAGGACUCGGCACUCCCAAUCCUGCUAUCGCAUCCCUUGACGAGAGUCGGGCUGCUGGAGGGCCAGCUGCGCAUUCAGAAGCUGUCAAACAAUAUAUGAACUCUAGUGUUAUAUAUGUUGAUGGCAAAGAUGCCCAAAUCCUCCGACCUAGUCUGUUACCCUCAGUGUCAAGAGGAAGACGGCCACUUAGUUCGAUUCGCAAAGGGCGACAGAUCGGCAUACCUGUUGUUCGUGGCUUCAAUCGGCGAUUAUGGGACCAGCUACAUCCGUCGAAGCCGAAUCCGGUUGAUGUCAGAAACUACCUGCGAAGUACUCAGUCUCGCACUAUGUCCACAGCACGCGGCGGCAGGCAGAUUUGCUAUGCCUGUUCCAUCGAAGAAAUGCGCCCUACACCAACAGACCUGGUGCUUGUUAUUCACGGCAUCGGCCAAAAGCUGUCGGAGCGUAUGGAAAGCUUCCACUUCACACACGCCAUUAACGCUUUUCGCAGAAACAUAAAUGAGGAACUAAACAGCGAGCCGGUAUGGCCCCAUGUACGCCAGGGUCACGGAGGUAUCAUGAUCCUUCCUGUAAAUUGGCGCUCGACGUUGUCCUUGGAGGACGCCAAUUUUGAUGCUCAGGGUGUUGAAGAUCCAACUAGCAACCAGUUCACCCUUCAUGACAUCACCCCGGAGACUAUACCUGCCGUUAGGUCAUUGAUAAGCGAUGUCAUGCUAGAUAUUCCUUAUUACAUGUCGCAUCAUAAGCCGAAAAUGAUUCAAGCAGUUGUCAAAGAAGCCAAUCGCAUCUUUCGGCUUUGGUGCAAGAACAACCCUGGAUUUCAGCAGCAUGGCCGUGUACACUUACUUGCGCAUUCCCUCGGAAGCGCAAUGGCAUUGGAUAUACUCAGCCAUCAGCCCACACAUGUACCCGAUUUUGAUUUCUCCCAAACUAGUAUUCGGGGAGACAUUUUCGAGUUUGACACCAAAGAUUUAUUCCUUUGUGGAAGUCCGGCCGGGUUCUUCUUACUUCUCAACAAAGCAAAUCUCCUACCGCGGCGUGGAAGAGAGAAACCUGGCUGCGAAGGCGAUGAUUUAGUACGUGGUGUGGCGGGAGAAGCCGACACAUAUGGAUGUCUGGCUGUGGACAACCUCUACAACAUCAUGCACACAACAGACCCAGUUGCAUAUCGUGUAAAUGCAGCCGUCGAUAGCGACUUAGCCAACUCACUGAAGGUAACUUCUAUUCCAAGCUCGUCAGCAUCAUUUUGGAAGUCCUUCGGCAGCGUGUUUCGUUGGAGUUCGGCUCCCUCCAUAAUGGCUACCGCUACUGUAACACCUUCCCGCCCUGCCGCCCUUUCGAAACUUCCUUCCAAUGUCGAGCUUGAAACCCAUGAUUUCACCCGCGAAGAGAUCGCGGAAAAGCGUAUGUUACUUCUCAAUGACAAUGGUCAAAUAGACUACUACCUUUCCGGGGGUGGAGGGCCGCUAAACAUCCAGUACUUGAACAUGCUCAGUGCACAUAGCAGCUACUGGACUCUUUCAGAUUUCGUGCGGUUCCUUGUGAUAGAAAUCGCUCGCAAGCAAGGUAAAGAUUAUACCAUCCCUGCGUUCCGGGCUGAAAAGAAGAAGAAUUGGAAAAUCCAUAAGGGUUGAUUAAUGUAGAUGGUAUACGUACUUGUUUGCUGCGAAUUUGAUCUGUUCGCAUAUUCUUGGCGGGCGAGGUGUUCUCUGGUACAAUAUCCUGUUCGCAAGCGUGGGUUAGAUAGUAUUGAUCUUUUCUUUUCUUAUUCCUUCACGAACCAUGUCCUCUUUGUUGUGUUGGGGGCGUUAUUGGCUUGUUCUCUCC